AAUAUGUCGACUCUUACACUUCAAGAAGAUGACCUUUUCAUGGUUCGCUUCACUUGGUCUAAUUUGUUAGCCAAAAAAAAGCUGGGUCAAAAGGAUUUCAUGAACAAGUUAUUCGCAAAUAUGAUCAAUUCAAACCCGAAGCUCAAAUCCCUUUUCCACAGCGAAGCCAUUGCUCGCGAGCAGGCCUCGCUUGUUGGGGAAAUGCUUUCCUUCACAGUUGCUUAUAUCGAUGAUCCAGAAACUUUAUCUGAGUGCAUGUCACUGUUUGUUGAAGAAAAUUCUAGUAUAUCUCGAUAUGGAAUUCACUAUAUUGAACCUAUGGGAAUCUCUUUGAUUCAAACUUUUCAUCAAUUUUUACCAAAAGGGAAGUUCACUCCGCAAUUAGAAGGGUUAUGGGUCAAGGUUUACUUGCAUCUUGCAAACAGCUUUUUACAAUGUUCAAAUGAUAAUGAUGGUCAUUCAUUGGUGAGUAUUGAACUGGAGAAGGAAGAGCCACCACAGCCUAAAUUUGGUCCUGUUAAAGUCAAGUUUCAACUUUCAAGUAAUGAGAAAUACAGAGGAUUCAGAAGAAGUGCUAAUGAAGAGCCUGAUAGGGAAUUGGAAGCAUCUGUCCCAACUUACGAACAACCUCGUAGUACUACUGGUAGCACUAUGAAGAUUUCAUCUCCUAUCCAAACUCCUCUUACACCAGUUUCAAGUGCCAGUCCUACUCCAUUUGAUCCAAGGAAGCUGAGAAGAAACUCCAAACCUUUAUUCAAGGAAGAAUCAAAGUAUAGCUCUGUCAGUUCUGAAGAAGAGGAAGAAGAACAAGAUAUUGAAGUUCCAGCAUACAACCCAAGAAGACUUAGACCAAAUACGUUUAAGGUACGCCAAGACUCAGAACCAAUACAAAAUAUCAUUCCAGUGGUUGAAAAAGAUGAAAUGCUCGAUGGACAAUUCCAGGAUCCUCCUACCCCACCACCAAAAACUGCACCAAUUUAUCCUGGUAGAGACCCAAGAAGACUUCAAUUUAAGAAACCUCUUCCCGCCCAAUAUGAUUCUGAUUCUGACGAAGAAUCAAUGGUGAAGAGACCAGCGUUUGAUCCUAGAAAACUUCGUAGAAAGCAAGUGGAAACACCCGUUGAAAGUGAAGUUGAAAGGGAUGAUGAGUCUGUCUACACUACGACUGCUCCAUUAUUUACCAGUCGUCCAGCUGUAGUUGAAGACGAAGAUUUGGAAUCUGCGUUUGAGAGUCCUACAUCUGAUCCUGAAGAAAAUUCCCUUAUGGAAGAAUUGAUUCAAUUGACAACUCAAAUUCCUGAAAGAACUGUUUCAUCUGAACUGCAUCAACACCCAUACGGAAAUGGUUUAGCUCCAAUUCGUGAAUAUGAUGAUGAUUGUGCUUCUUCAAAGUAUGAUAGUGAAAAUGAGACAAUCCAAGACAACACAUCCUCCACCUACGAGAGAUCAAGCAGCCAUGAUGAGGUAUCUUCUGGUGUGUCUACUUUGUCAUUGCAUAAUUCUGAUUAUAGAUCCUCGAUUUCUUCAGGUAAUUCUUCUCCAAACUUCUCACCUUUCCAAAGUGGAAAACCAACAAUGACACACCAACCAAGACAAGCUUCUCAAUCCAGUGAAAUAAGUUAUAUGAAACCACUUGAUAUUCCAGAACCAAGAACAACUUACGCUAAGCCUCAAGCUAAAUAUCGUGCUUCUGCUGGGUUCAUGAAGAGUAGUUUUAUCUUGCUGCAAGUUAUGAAUUCUCAAACUAUUGCUUCCCAGAAGGCUCCACCUGCUGUCCAAAGCACUACUCAACCCACAAUUGCUACAAUUACGCCAGUUGUUAAAAAUGUAGUUGAUGUCAUCCCGGCUCAGAUUAAGGAAGAACCUAAGGUUUCUUUACCAACUCUUGCGUCUCCUGUGGAAUCUGACUCUGAGGAUGACUGCCUUGACUUGAUUAAUCUGUUUGUUCCAGUGACCGCUAACAAGAAGCAAGCACCUGUUCCUGCUCUUACCAGACCAGCUGCACCAUUUGCUCAACAAAAGGCAAUCUCACAACCAAGAUCCCAUCCUCAACUUCGAAGAUCUUCCACCAGAUCAACAACAUCUUUGCAACUGGCCAAGCAACCAGCUGUUGUCGUGUAUAACACCCCUGUUAAGAGAUCAUUGAAGGAAAGAUUGGGACUUUCGAGAUCGUCUUCCAGAAAGAAUUCACUUGCAUCAGCUCUGACUUCAGACUUGUGCUCUAUUAAGUCCAAUGAAUCAUGCAGUUCUACAUUUUCAGGAUUUUCCUUCUUUAGUAGCACUGGUAGCAACACCACCAGACGUGCUCUGUUGGAUACUAGAAGACAACUGAUUGAUACCAGAGCUUCUCGUAAGACUGACAAGUACAAUAGAGUGAAGGGUGCAAGAUUCAGUAUGUUUGGAUCUGCAUUCUAA